AUGACAGAAACCACCAAAACCCACGUCAUCCUGCUGUCCUGCGGCAGCUUCAACCCCAUCACCAAGGGACACAUCCAUAUGUUCGGUGAGUGUGUGUGUGCGCGCUGUGUCAGUGCGUGUGUGUGUGCGCGUGUUUGUUUUCAGCCUGAAUCCUCCUGAAAUUAUUAGAUCCACAUCAUUAACCCCUUACCAAAGACCCGGAGCUUAAAUUGACAGAAAAAUGACCGGGGUUUGGUUCGGUGGGUCUGGUCGCUGUCCAGCAGGGUGGUGCUGAAAUGGGCGACGGCUCCCAUCCGGCACGAGGUGUCACCAAAACAAAGAAAAUAUCGGAAUAAUCGGGCCUUCGUGAUCGGAUAACCCCCGUUAAUCGCGGUCUGAACCGGUUUUUUCAGGCGUUAUAGACGGAGAGGAUCCGUGAUUCAGGUCCUCAGGCCUCAAACAGCGUGUGGCGCAGCCCAGAAAUGACGCCUCCCUGACGGAUCCUCCAGAGAACAGCUCGGCCUCAGAGUGAGGGACAGUCAGGAUGAAUUAUUCACAUUUCUGCUGAUUCUGAAUCACCUUCACAUGGAUGGUACAGUGAACAGAAUCAACCGCUGAUCAGUCCUAAUGGUCAUGAGUUCAACAUCAAACUAACUCUGGACAGCGUACUGUCGUGUUCAGAGGGAUGAAAAUAUGGAAGAGUCUUCCUUCUGUUAUUACAAGAUUAACAUGUUUUUACAAAGAAGGUAAACUAACAUCUAAAGACCCAGACUGACUGAAAUAAGAAACACCUCGACUAGACUGAGAUAACGUACAAUACAUGACAAUGAGAUGUUUGAUUAUUGGUACACUUAUCUUGGCCUUUACUGGUGUUUAUUGUAAUUGGAAAUGUCAUUAACAUCAUUUAUAAUUCUCCUUUGGUUUGGAAAAGUUUGGACUUUUAUUAUUAACACUCCUGCGCAUCAAAAUCACAUGACAUAUUUAAGUGGAUGUAGCCGCAAGAUGGAGCCUCGAUGAGUCUCAGUUUCAACUUGUCUCCAAAGUGACGACCUCAAAAUAUAUCAGUUUUUAAAUUAUGUUGAUGGACCAAACUAAACCAGAGUUAUGAUCAGUUAUGUACGUCAUACUUAUCCUGAUUUUUUUCGUCAUGUUUGGUGCAUUUUAAUGUAAAUAGUGGUAAAUUACUAUGAUAUUUGCUAAAGUUGUUUAUAUGUUUUGGAGUUUACAAUUUAUAUUUGCAGUCUAAAUUAUGAAAAUGGUUCAUUAAACAUAUUUGUGGUUUUCACAGUAAAAAAAUUGACUUUUUUCCAAAAUGGCCAAUUAUACCCCAGACUAAAGAGGGUUGAUGUAUACGAAUGUUUACUUUAAUAUUUUACUGCUGCCUAGGUAGUAGCUAAUGAGGAUCCAAAUGAAUAAAAUAAUAUUAACCUGUUGUUUACCCCGAGGUUAUAACCAGACCAGUAUUUUAGGGAUUAAUCUCACAAGUCUACCGCUUUACCAUUUUCAACAACAAGAAUGGGGGUUUCAGCAAUAAUCAUUUAUCAAGUCAAGUCACGGUUUAUUUAAAAAGCACCUUUAAAAAGACAGCAGUCAAACAAAGUGCUGUACAUGGGAUAAAUAAAAGAUAAUAAUAUGGAGCGGUAAACUGUUCCACAGUCAAGGAGAAACCGCUGAAAAAGCCUGGUCACCUCUAAACUUCUGGUUUUGGAGACGCUCAGCUGUACCUGGUCAGAGGACCUUAAGGCUCUGUAAGGAGAGGAAAGAUCACUGAGGGCUUCAAAAACCAUUAAAAGAGUUUUAAAAUCAAUACAAAACAAAGUGGACCGGGAGCCAGUGAGGUGUCGCUAAAAUCGGAGUUCUGUGGUCGUGCUUUUGUCAACCUCGAAACAUGUGGGGACGGCAAUGUUUACACUCAACACCAGCAAUGAUUCUCACAUGAAACCAUCAAUGUUCUGUACGCAGAGCCAGACUUAUCUCUCAAUGUUUGAUACCUGAGGCCGGCAAUGACUCUGACUAUUAUACUGGCAGGGUUAUGGACUCAAAACAGAUAAUAUUCAGAUAUUCAGUCGAUGUGGUGUAACAUCUGAGGAGUCGGCCAACAACUUCUCUAACGCUGUUCCAACAACGUUUGAUAUUCUGUGUUUGUAAUGUUUGGAACACAGUGACAGUUAUGUUUCAAACUUAGAGCCAGCAAUGAUUUCUACCUGCUUCAAACUUGAGUUUAUUCAUCAGGGUUUACAUAUUCUAACGGUGGAGUCAGAAAUGUUUCUUACAGAGUCUCAGACAGCAGUUUGUGGUUUUUGUAACGGUUCAUUUUGACUGAAAUAUUUUCGACAUGGAGCCAGCAAUGUUUUACACAUCAGGCAGCUAAUGUUAUAAUCACAGAACCAGCAAUGAUUCUCACAUACAGCUCGUCAUGUUUGUCAUGUGUUGUAGGUCAGUGCUGUGUCACUCUUGGAUUCACGGUGCUGAAAAUGUUUGAUUCAUGGAGUCAAACGAUGUUUCACUCACUCCUCCUAAAGAUAGUCAGCAGUGUUACUGAGUCAGCCGCCAUGUUUCAAACGUAGUACACUCGCUGUCUGACCCUCCUCCUGUGUUGGGGUUAGUUUUUGAUAUUAAAUACUUAAAAGAAACACUUAAAUUCACUUUUCUGCAUCAGGACUCUUUGACUUUAAAAUGAUGCCACCUGUCCUGUUAGGGUCGCUGUUGACCCGGUUAGAUUGAUAUUUAAUAAUUAGAGCAAAAACUAAAAUCAUCUGUGCGCUGACAGUCAGAUCCUCGUCCAAUCAUGUGGGAUUUAGUAAAUUCUCAUUCUUCCAUGUUUUUCAUGUCCAGACAUGUGAGAUCAGUUCAGUGUAGACGUCUGUGUGAGGCAGAGGACCACGCCAAAAACUAUUAUAAUCAAUAUUUUCAUGGAUAAUGAAGCCGAACAAGAUAACCGAGAGAUGAGAACCAAACUGGAUGAUAGAGAAAUGUUUUUAAUUUACAGCUGAUUUAAGACACGGGUCAGAACCGAGCCUUAACAUGGAGGGUGUGUAGGAAAAGCGAACACAGGAGGAAGGACAAUACCACAGAGGAUUAUUACAGACACGUCUACAGAUCUUCAAACUUCUUCCAGCUGCAUGUUUUAACCAUCGGCAGUAACAGGCCAGCGUUCAGAGCGUGGUCCAAUCACCUGAGAGGAGGAGGAGGAGGGGGUGUUAUUUUCCAGCCUGCAGGGAAACGUUUUGAGCUGACUCAUGUUGACCUUUGAGAUCACAGAGACUGAAAUAAACGGGCCGACCUGCUGAGAUUCUUGAUGAGUCUGAGAGGUAAACAGUCCAGCAGGAGUCCUCAAAUAAGAAGAACGGGGUUAUUUCAGAUGACGUGUUCCAGGUGAACGAAUGUCUUUAUGAAGAAUCUGAACAUCUCUGUCAUGAAGAUGUUGUGGAGCUGAUAUCUCCUCCUGGAUUGUUGCAUAAAGCAGACUCAGGCUCAGUAACGCAGUACAGCUGAGGAAGUGUACUUAGCAUCUUUGAUAACGCUGCAGCAGCAGCCGCCAUGUUCCACAUCCUGACCUAUUUUCACCACCAGCAGCAGCAGCAGCUUCUUCAUCUCUGUGUGUCGUCGUCCUUUAGGCCGUGAAACCGUUCAGAUUUACGGAGGAGACCGAGGAGACGAGACGCUGAAAAAGACAGAACAUGCGGCGUUUACCUUUGUGUGUGUCUCAGAGGAAUCCUGGCAUGGUUAACCCCGUGUGUGUGUAUCACAUCUUCUCCUACAGAGCCACGCUGUCGUCAGAAUGUGGUUUGGGAUCAUGUGAAGGUCUUCUCUGAUUGUCUGGAUGGACGCAGAUGUUGCUCCUAAACCUGGAGAUCUGGUUUAAAACUGAGGAUGCAGCAUCUAUGAUUUCCAGUUCUUCAUUGAAAAGACAACUGGACUUAGUUGGGACAUUUCGCCCACGGCAAAACGUCCCAACGUCCCAAAAGUCCAGUUGUCCUCACCAACCCCAACUUGUCAUUACGUCACACCGAGUUCCCAGCGUUUCAGAUGUCAAGUCAGAAAAAAGCAAAAUCAGAGGCCUGAAACAAGAUAGUUAUUUUAGAGCUAUAGAGUUAUUUUAGAGCUUGUCUCAGAUGCUGUAAAAAUCCCGGGUAAGGUGGAUCCAGUCCCGUCAAAGCUCCCUCAGGUGCACAGGUGUGACCUCUUAGAUGCACCGAUGACCUUUCUGAGGAAAACGCUUCAAAAAAUGUAAAGAAGUGCCGUCUGAGUGACCUUUAGUAUUUCCUGGAGACUCUUGUUUUUUGUUUUAAGAUUUGAUUCAUGAGGUUUUUGAGUUUGAGGACGAUGACUCUUUAACACAUCAGUUAAAAAUGAUAAAUCAUGUUCUCCCGUCUGUGUGUUUGCAGAAAAAGCCAGAGAGUAUCUGCACAAAUCAGGCCGAUUCAUCGUAAUCGGAGGAAUCAUCUCCCCUGUGCACGACUCCUACGGGAAACCUGUGAGUGACGGACAUCACCUGUACACACACACACACACACACGCACACACACAUACACACAAACACACACACACACACACACACAGGUUUAAUUUCCUGAUGUUUUAUUGAAGCAGAUUCAAUCAGAGUAAACCUGAAAUCAGACUGAGAGAUGAGUGUUUCACAGAGCAGAUACUAACAUCACAUCCAGCUGCAGAGUACAGUGUGUGUGUGUGUGUGUGUGUGUGUGUGUGUGUGUGUGUGUGUGUGUGUGUGUGUGUGUGUGCAGCUCUCUGCUCUUGUUUCCCUGCAGGAUUUAAUGACGGUGAAGCUCUUGUCCUACUUUUGCUGUGCAGCUCCAGAAUCAUGAAUAAUAGAUGCUGCAGAAACACACCAUCACUCUGAGCUGAUGUGAUUUCUCCAUCAGGACCACAGCUCUGUUUUAUUCAGGCUGGAGAUAAAUUAUAAUAAUAAUAAUCACCUGUCAAUCAAACAGACAGGUGACUCACUCACCUGGAGGUCGUCCCACACUCACAAAUUUACCCCAAUAAUAAAGAGAGAGAGGAGAAUCUGAACGCCCAAUCAGCAGUAUUUUAUUAUCAGACUGACAUUUUAACUGAGCUGAAACCUGCAGUUCCUCCAGUGUCCACUAGAGGCCGUGUCCAGCAGUGAGUCAGUCCCCAUAGAGCCUCAUGUUAAACUUGACAGCAGAAAUAAGAGAUUUUCACAGUCUAGAGCUGAAACAGUUUGAAUCUAUAUAGAUCACUUCUAUAUUUAUGACAGCUGUUCACUGUGUGUGUGUGUGUGUGUGUGUGUGUGUGUGUGUGUGUGUGUGUGUGUGUGAGAAGUACAUCUUGAUUCAGAGUUAAAACAAACAUCUGUUCACACAGGUGGAGGUGAUCACAGUAACACUCACACACACACACACACACACACACACACACACACACACACACGUCUGUACUGACCUACCUGUGUGUCUGUGUUCAGGGUCUGGUGCCCAGCAGACACCGCCUCACCAUGUGUCAGCUGGCGGUCCAGUCCUCUGAUUGGAUCAGGUGAGACCACUCUUAAGUGUGACUUUAAAGGAGCGGACUUUGAAACGUGAAGGUCUCUCUGCAGCGUUUGGACCUGAACUCUUCUCUGAGUCGGUUUGUGGUUCUUGUUUUUGCAGGGUGGACCCCUGGGAGUGUUACCAGGACACCUGGCAGACCACCUGCAGUGUGCUGGAGCAUCACCGUGACCUGAUGAAGGUGAGGGAACAUCUCAGACCAGGACCUACCUGAAGACCUGUUCAGUUUUCUCUUUAACGUUCCCUCCGAUGCUCUCCUUUCAUACCGGGUCUCUACCACCUGAUAGCAUCAGCAGUUGCCAUGGAAACCCAUCACUCAGUCUACAGUGAUGCUCUCCAUGUUUUUGCUCCACAGAGAGUCACCGGCUGUAUCCUGUCCAACGUCAACACGCCUUCGUCGACUCCUGUCAUUGGCCAGCCGCAGAACCAGACUCCGCCCAUCUACCAGAACCACAACAACAUGAACCACAAGCCCACAGCCAGUGAGUCUCCACCCCCCAGUUUGAGAUUACUGGAAUAAUUAGCAUGAAUAAUGCUGCGUUCUAGUUGUACUUGGAAGUCGGAAUUUCUGAGCUCCAAGUCAGAAACUCACCUGAAACGCCACCUUAAAGUCAGACGAUCCUCACCACCCGCGACUUGACGACAACGCCAUAAUCCAAGAUGGCAGCACAGUGAAUCGACAGUAAAGAGUAACAGUGAAAACUCUCGUAAUGUUUUAUUUAUCAGCACUUCUGUUUUGUUUUCGUAAAAUUAAAUAAGUGGUUUAUGUUGAACUGACCAACGACUAACUGUGAACACGGUGAUACGGUGUUGGUGCGAGUAAAAUACUGUUAUGUUUACAAAUGGUACAGCUAACAACAGCUAACAACUAACAACCACAGCUAACAACAGCUAACAACAGCUAACAACAGCUUACAACAGCUAACAACGCUAACAACAGCUAACAACAACAGCUAACAACAGCUAACAACGCUAACAACAGCUAACAACAACAGCUAACAACAGCUAACAACAGCUAACAACAACAGCUAACAACAACAGUUGACAACCACUAACAACAGCUAACAACAGCUAACAACAGCUAACAACAGCUAACAACAACAGUUGACAACCACUAACAACAGCUAACAACAGCUAACAACAGCUAACAACAACAGCUAACAACAGCUAACAACAGCUAACAACAACAGCUAACAACCGCUAACAACAGCUAACAACAGCUAACAACAACAGUUGACAACCACUAACAACAGCUAACAACAAACAACGCUAACAACAGCUAACAACAGCUAACAACGCUAACAACAGCUAACAACAGCUAACAACAGCUAGCAACAACUAACAACAACAGCUAACAACCGCUAACAACCGCUAACAACAGCUAACAACAGCUAACAACAGCUAGCAACAACUAACAACAACAGCUAACAACCGCUAACAACAGCUAACAACAGCUAACAACAGCUAACAACAACUGACAAUGGCUAAUGAUAGCUGACAAUUGUAAACAAUGGCUAACAGUAGGCGUCCAUCUUGGUUUUCCGACUUGCUAACUGGAACGCCGUCAACACGUGUCUAUCGUCAUUCCCAGCUCCGACAUCAGACUUCUGAGGAAACAGGGACGCAGCAUAAACAUGUUCAGAUGUAAUAAUCAGUCAGGAAGCUCUGAGAUAGAGGAGGACUGUUUAUGAUGGAUUCUUGUAUAACUGAGUUCGUCUAAGCCCCGCCCACUCCUCUUCUUCUGCCUCUGCUCAGUCAAACUGUGGGGGAAGGUCAGCGAGAGUCUGGGGAAGAUCUGCUGCGUCCGCCCUCACAUGGAGCGCUUCACCUUCGUCGGUAACAAACUUCUCCUCCUACACUCAGAAGUGUGUCUGUCGUCAUAAACUCCGAUCUAAACGUGUGUCUUCUUCUCCUGUCAGAUGAGAACGCUAACCUGGGCACCGCCAUCAGAUACGAGGAGAUCGGUGAGUCACCUCUGUGGAGCGGCUCCUGUGACUCCUUCCUUCCUUCCUUCCUUCCUUCCUUCCUGCUCUGUCUGGAUCCUUCCUGUUUGUUUGUUUGUAUCCAGUAAACAGUGGUUUACUGAGGACCUGUCUCUCUCCUCCUGCCUGUUUGUUUCUCGUCUGUAGAGUUACGCAUCUUGCUCCUGUGUGGCAGUGACCUCCUGGAGUCCUUCUGCAUCCCUGGCCUGUGGAAGGACAGUGAUGUAAGCACACUGUAGCCCCGCCCCUUUAAUGUAGCCCUGACUCUUUAGACCCAUCCUACUUACCAUGAAGCCCCGCCCCCUGAAGGAUAUCAUGAUAACCAAGAAGUCAUGGCGAUGUUUUAACGAAGGAAAACAUCUGCAAAAGAAAGCGUAACUCCCUGAAGCAUGCAGCGUUACUCUUCUUUCUCAGCGCUAACAAGCUAACCUUGCUAAUGUGAAUGCUAGCUGUUAGCAAGCGGUUUUAGCUAACGACUUUCAUCAAGGAUGAAGCUGGUGAAAGAGUUUAGGCGGCGUUAUUUGAAAUGUUCGGUUGGUCUUAAUCGGAAUAAGGCGAUAAUUCGGUUUUCUCGAGUGUCAUGGAAACGGACUGAGUGACUCCAGCUUCUCUAUCUCCAACAAACGAACCAUGGACAACAAGAACAGUCUGACAGUGAACAUGUGUUACAGUAAGAACAGCUUAAGUCCAUUACUCCCAGUUCCCACCUUCAUCCUGAUCGUCUCCUAAAAGGUCGUAUCCUCCGAUCGUAGCUGAUCGUAACCAUUCAAGUUAACGUGUCACAAGUGAAAGGUUUUUAGACGUCAUUUCACCCCGAUGACACCAUGGAUGAGGAGAUGCUGAUUCUAGAAGUCUAGAAGUAGAUUUCCUCCUCUGGAAGGACACAAUCUACUGCUUAUAUGUCUAUGUGUCUGUCUUUAGAGAGACGACUCAUUAGCGUGAGAUUGAUCGUGAAUCUACAGGUUCUUGUGAGUUCUCCUGAUUCCUGCUGUCCGUAAUCCGCCACAAAAUUUGCCUUACAAAUGGAUCCGGUGGGAAUUGGCGGACAGCGAAAAUUGAUGUGGUGAAAAUUGUCACUAUAUGUGUAAACUGACUGACUGACUGACUGACAGCUCAUUACACGCAGCAGCGUAACUCGCCCAUGACGUCAUCCACAGGUGUCUCCUAAAGGCUGAUCGAUGGAGAUGAAAUGAUCUUCAUGUCUCUUAAUUAAUGAACUCAAUCAGUUCGUUUACAGUCUCAGUUUAAUCGACUAAACUCAUAAUUCGUCUUUUCCUCUGAAUCAGACUUCUCUCCUCGUCCUCGUUUACAUGCAGCUGAGAAAAUUGAAUUAUUGACGUGAACGUGUCCUCCUCCCCAACACUAGGGGGCGAUAUGGGUCUUUUCAGCUGAGCUGUUUUUGGACUUUUUUUAAAGUUGUCUCCAUUCGUUGUUUUGCGACCGUCCAUAUAUGUUAAAACGUCCAUUUCUGUCAGGACAGGAAGCAGAACGGCGCUCUCCUCGUCGUUCCUGAAGUUGUCCGAUCAUACUCCGACUUCGCUGGUUACAUGGAAGAGAAAAUCAAAUUCCAAUCUCAUUAUCUGAGUGUCUUAAUCAGAGUUCUCAAACUCUGAUUAUAGUCGGACUAAAGUGUUUACAUGAACUUCAGUUGUCCAGUCUUAAUCGGAAUAAGGCGAUAAUUCGGUUUUCUCGAGUGUCAUGGAAACGGACGGAGUGACUCCAGCUUCUCACUUAAAGUUAAUCCAGAGGUUAACUUCUGAUUGGUGUAUCCUAUGGUGGGCGGAGCUUAUCAUAAAUUCAGAGAUAAUAAAGAUAUGAUUGGUCAUUACUGUCUCAAAGCCACCAAUCACAGAGCUGAACCCUCAAUGUUUCCUCCCAGCACCAGCAGAAAUAGAGAGUUCUGAUUGGCUGUCGUCAGAGCGUUUCUGAAAGACGUUUCUAUGGUUUCAGAUGGAGGUCAUCGUCGGAGACUUCGGGAUCGUGGUGGUUCCUCGUGAUGGCGUCGACACAGAGCGGAUCAUGAACCACUCCUCCAUUCUCCGCAAAUACAAGGUCAGAUGUUCUCCACGCUCCGGUACGAACGUUUCAGUUUGAUGACCACGUUUCUCUGUCGUCAUCACGUCUGUGAUUCUGAUGUUUCAGGACAACAUCGUCGUGGUGAAGGACGCCAUGACUCAUCCCAUGUCAAUCGUCAGCUCGACCAAGAGCAGGUGGGAGUUUAACCUCUUCAUGUGUAGAUGGUUGGUCUGUAGAUCAUCUAGUUCCUGUUCGUUUGAAGCUCCAUCCAGCUUUGACCCCAAAACAGACAUGAAGAGAAGAGUUCUUAAAAUAAUCAUUUAAAACUUUUUUUUUAACUUUUUUGACUCAAAUCUCUUCAUCACCUUCAGCUCUAACUAUCAAAACAGUAAUGAAUAAAAAUCUGAUGCUUUUCCCUUUUUAUUCCAGUUUUUGUUCAUCAUGUCAUAUUUAUUGAUAAAGUUCUGAUCAGUCUGUUGGAGCAGAAAAACUCGACAUUUUCACCUCCUCUUCUCGAACCUCGUCCUCGACCAAAUCAAAUACGAUCGAAUUAAUUAGUUCAUAAUAAAUUAAUUUUAUAUAUAAACAUAUAAAAUCAGCAGAUAUCUGUAAGAUAGGAAUCAUUUCUGAGUGUUUAUCCUCCUCUAACUAAAAUCUGACCCUGAUAACUCUGAUAUAAAAAUAACUGCUGAUUUGAGACGUGAUAUCUUCUCCCCUGAUGAUCUGAAGGUUCAGGACCAGGUCUCAGAGAGUCUCAGGUUUUCAGGUCCAUGCUGCUCUAACUGCUCUCUCUCUCUCUCUCUCGUUCUCUCUCGCCCUCAGACUGGCCCUUCAGCACGGGGACGGCCAUGUUGUGGACUACCUGAGUCAGCCCGUCAUCGAUUACAUCCUGCAGAGUCAGCUCUACAUCAACGCCUCAGGAUAG